CUCCUGCACCAUGCGUGCCCAUCUUGACUUCUACUUUCGGGUCGCUUUUAUGUCCCAUACUUGUUUGUUCCAGUGCAGAGAGGUUCAUGCACUUGCUCGUGCAUACAUCAAAAUCAACAGAUAACUUUUUCUUAUUUGUUUUAUCAGGAAGAACCAAUUAUAGAUCGGUUUUGCAGUGUUAAUACUGUUGUUCAUCAAUUGGGGUCAUUUAAUUCUUUUUUGUUCCAUUUGGAGAAGGAAACAAGGUUAGAGUGGGGUGUAGUGUAUUUCUGGGGUGAGGCGAUAGCAACUGCACUGGCCAUAAAUAGACACAUUCAUAUUGAUUCAUAUGCGUGCUUGUCCUCAGCUUGGUGGCUCAGAAGAUUUGAAAUACACGGUUUCAUCUUACCUAUUCGAAAGCAAAACAAAUUACAGUGUGUGAUCUUUCAGGAAUUUAUUGUACUUGUUUGAUGAAGACAAGCACGAUAGUAGCUGCUUUGACCUUAUCAAGUCUCUCACUUUUUCCAGCUGUAUAUAACAUUGCAUUUCUUGCCCCUAGAUGCUUCCAUAGAAUCUUAACAACAUAAUCAUUCUAUAAAGUGAAGUCGUGAGUUCAAUUACCACUCCACAUCACUGCAAGUUGUUACAUGAAUACCUUCUGUACGUGCACAUCCAACGGUAUAUAUGCCGAUGUCGAUACUUCAAGAAUCAAAAACGGCAUGUGUGGGAGGGAAAGAGUGGUACUUCUACAGCCGACGUGACCGAAAAUACGCGACCGGGCUCCGAACAAACCGUGCGACGGCGAGCGGGUAUUGGAAGGCCACGGGGAAAGACCGAGCAGUGCUUAGGAAGGGAACGCUCGUGGGCAUGAGAAAGACUCUGGUGUUUUACCAAGGAAGAGCCCCCAAAGGCAGAAAGACCGACUGGGUGAUGCAUGAGUUCAGAGUUGAAGGUCCUCACGGCCCUCCAAAUAACACUAAGAUUUCUCCUCUCAAGGAAGAUUGGGUGUUGUGUCGGGUGUUCUUCAAGAACGUAGAAGUGGCCACCAAACCGAGCGUGGGGAUGGUCAGUUGCUACGACAACAGAGGCACUUCAUCUCUCCCGUCGUUGAUGGACUCCUUCAUCACCUUCGACCAAACACAAACUCAACCCAACCUUAUAAGCAACAUCGAGCAAGUGCCCUGCUUCUCCAUUUUCUCUCCAAGCCAAGCCAAUCCAAUCCAUGUGGAACCGAGCAUGCCCACUAAGAACAUCCUUAACGCAUCCGCAUUCGGGGCAAUGCCCGACUUCAGCUCUUGUAAUAAUCUGGAACCCUACACCUGUGACAGGAAGGUGCUAAAAGCCGUCUUGAAUCAGCUCACCAAGAUGGACUCCCCAAGCUUGGGAGAUCAAGGGAGUUCCGAGAGCUUAUUGUCCGAAGUGGCCAUGCCCAACAAUAUGUGGAAUCAUUUCUGAAUUUUGGAGAGGCUUGAAAAGAGAGAGCAAAAGAAAAAGAAAAACUUAAUUUGCCUUUAGUCUUAAUAUUAGUCUCGCACCCUCCAAAAAGGAUGAUUAAUGUAAAGUAUUAGUUAUCCAUGUGAUGAUUGAUUAUCUCCGUUUGGAAGUGCAUAUCUAGGCCGUGGCGUCGUUUCAUUGUCGACUUUGGAUGUGCUCUAUACUAACUCUCGAUUGUAAUAUCAUCUUUGUCAAGUUAGGUGAAUUGUUGAAUUGUGAUUUUCAAAGUUCAAUCAUUAAUUGGGGUAUAUUGUUAUGUA